GCCGGGGGAGGAACUUCAUAUUCAUCCGAACAAGAGGACAUGUACCGGUUUCGGUUGACACAGGUCAGACUACAGAGCCACUGCCCACAAUAACAGACCGUAUUAAUAAAAAAGCUGGUCGACUUUGAAAGCUAAGCUUUUACAUAAUUCACUCAACUAGUUCAGCCAUGUCCGCAGCGUUAGCAAGGCUACUUUUCUACCCCACGUUAGCCUACAAUGUUGUCAUGGAGAAGUUGACGUCGAGACGGUGGUUUGACCGAGUGGACGAGACCGUCAUCCUCGGAGCGCUGCCGUUCAGAUCCAUCACCAAACAGCUGGUAGAAACAGAAAAUGUCCAAGGGGUUAUCACCAUGAAUGAAGAGUAUGAGACUAAAUAUUUCUGCAACUCAGCUGAGGAGUGGCGGGCUGUAGGGGUGGAGCAGCUGAGGUUGAGCACGGUUGACCUCACCGGCGUUCCCAGCCUGGAGAACCUGCGCCGAGGCGUGGAUUUUGCCCUGCAGCACCGACAGCAGGGAAGCAGCGUGUACGUCCACUGCAAGGCCGGACGCUCCCGCAGUGCCACGCUGGUUGCUGCGUACCUCAUUCGGUUACACAGCUGGACUCCAGAGGAAGCCUGUCAGAAGCUGAAGUCUGUUCGACCGCACAUCCUUGUGCGCUCCGCUCAGCUGGAGAUGCUGAGGAAAUACCAGCAGGUGUGUGAACAGCCCAGCUGAGAGGGCAGGACGGCGGGUCGGACCUCAUUAUCCUCCUACAGCUGCUGGAAGACUGGACUCAGAGCCGUGGACAGUCCUCCAUAUCAGAAUGUAUACCCACUGAAAGAAAAUGCCAAACUACUUGUUGAACCCCAACAUUUUUAAAUCAAAUUACCAUGGGUUUUUACUGGGAAAUGGCAACAUUUUAGUAGUUAAUUCACAACAUAUCAGAAGGCAAAAAAACUCCCUAAUAUUGUCA